AUGAAUGGUUCAGCUAAUAAUCGGACCAGCACUGUCAGUCGGAAUGCCUACCAUCUUCCCAGCACUUUAAUUUAUCUUCAGUGUGACACUUCUCCUCUCCUUCUCUACCCAACCUCAACAACCAACACCAUGUGUGGCGGCUACUACGGAAACUCCUGCGGGGGCUGCGGCUAUGGAGGCUGCGGCUAUGGAGGCUGUGGCUAUGGAGGCUGUGGCUACGGAGGCUGCGGUUAUGGAGGCUAUGGUUAUGGAGGCCUGGGCUGUGGCUAUGGCUCCAGCUAUGGCUGUGGCUUCCGCAGGCUGGGCUGUGGCUAUGGCUGUGGCUCUGGCUGUGGCUACGGCUAUGGCUCCCGCUCCAUCUGUGGCUAUGGAUGCGGCUCCGGCUACAGCUCUGGCUUUGGCUGCUACUAACUGAGGUCGCCAUGGGAGACUGCCACCCUCCACACCUGGUUGUGGGAUUCACCAGUUCUGAGCCCCACACGUUCUGCGCCUUUCCCUUGGGUGAUGAUAGCCUGCAUGCUGAAAGUCUAGCACGGUCUGUUGUCGCCUACAGCCUAACCUACAGAUUCCCCGAAUUUACACAGGAAGUGGGAGAUGGUGAAAUUCACCUGUGACCCCCACAGUUCUGUUUUCAUCAGGAUGAUGGUGUCAGAGCAACUGCCUCAAUGAUAUUCAGGCUGGAGCUCGUUUCUGUGUUGACCUAAUAAACUUGUUCAAUCCAAA